CUUAAAACACUGCGCGUCAGUUUCAAUAUGAAAGUCUUGUUGAGAAAGUAGUUUGCAACGAGACUUUUCAAUUCAACUCUUUUUUUGUUGUCGUCCUAACGGUUAAUGUAUUAAAUUUUUUUUAAAUCUUUUUUACCGACUAUUUUAAAUGUCUCCUUUAACAAAUCAAACAACAUCUCACGAUGAAAAAGAUUUAAAAUCAAAAAAUCCUACUGGGAUAAAUGGUAUUCUCUUAGGACCACCUGGAUCUGGCAAAGGAACGCAGGCUCAAAAACUAGUUGAACGUUAUUGUGUGUGUCAUUUGGCUACAGGAGAUAUGCUGCGGGCAGUUGUAGCCUCUGGUUCAGAGCUUGGGCAAAAAGUUAAAGGAGUUAUGGAUUCAGGUCAGUUGGUGACAGACGAUUUAGUGGUUGAGCUAAUUGAUAACAAUCUUACCAAACCUGAAUGCAAAAAUGGAUUUUUAUUGGAUGGUUUUCCAAGAACAAUACCUCAAGCUGAAAAACUGGAACAAUUAUUGGAAAAAAGAAAGACACCAUUAGAUCAUGUAGUUGAGUUCCAUAUUGAUGAUGAACUGCUAGUUAAAAGAAUUACUGGAAGAUUAUUUCAUCUUGAAAGUGGUCGUUCUUACCAUGAAGUUUUUAACCCACCAAAACAAUCAAUGAAAGAUGAUAUUACAGGCGAGCCAUUGGUACGUCGUUCGGACGACAACGAAGAAACUUUGCGAAAACGAUUAGCAGCUUAUCAUAGUGCAACAUCGCCAUUAGUUGCUUUUUAUCAAAAAAGAAAAUUACACACUCGAGUGAAUGCGGAUCAGCCGUUGGCAUCUGUUUUUGCAAACGUUACAGCAAUAUUUGACGGUGCAUUAGCUAAAAGGAAGUAAUUUAUGAGAAAUUUUCUAAGAAUUUGUAUGAAAUAAAUUACUAGAAAUAUGAUAUUUUUGAUAA